AUGCGGCGAACGUUCGCCGCUCUGCGCUCGGGCGUGCACGCCGAAGGCGGCGGAGCGGACACAGUGAUGUCGGAGUUUGCUGCAGCCUUCCUUUGUAACCCCUACCCUGAGCCAGUGGAGAUGUUCAUAAUACCAGCCCUUCAUGACGACCCAGGAAAGAAAUUCCCAUUCCUGUCGCUUAUACAAUGCUUACAGGAGAGCAAGUUUCAUAGCAAAUUACUUAUAAAUGACUCAUGGUUAUUGCAUUCUGUACUGUCACUAGAACCUCCAGGAUUUGUUGACGAUAUACGCCAAUUGAACAAUACAAAGCUACCGAACAACCCGAUCAUACUGAAUUACCUUAAAAUAAUAGCUAAGUUAACUGUUAACGUUUGUAAUAAGCAAAUAACGUACGAAUAUGAAGACUCUUUGUACAGUCAAGAGACCGCAGCGGAUAAAGACAACGACAGCGACAGUGAGAUUGAACCGAACCCCACUUCGGUAAGAGAGAAACUUUUGCUGACCAAGUGCAUAGAAAUGUUGAACGAGCCUGACCGCUGCGUCAUGAUGACGUGCUGUAUGAUCGUAGAGAAUGACCUCAGUGACGAGUUUUUGGAUGACAUGUCAGAAAUAUGCCAUAACCUGCUUUUAAGUCAUAGAAUGGCGUUACAUAAAUAUAGGUUACUCUACACAUUGGCGUUUAAGCCAAUAUUUAUCCGAGGGCUGUGGCGUUGGCUCAGCAACAUGAGCCAUGAGUCGUCGUUCGGGGGCUCCGCCACUCCGCUCCUCUCCGCUCUUUCUAGAGGCAUGGGCGUGGAUUACGCGGAAAUAGGGGUCCACAGACUAUUGGCGCCAUUGGCAGUUUUCUGUGCGCUAUUCUCGUUGCUGAUCGGAACGCUGCAUGACACGGAAUUCUGCCGCGACAUCGAAGAUGAAGACAUCAAAAUGACGUAUAUCUCAUCAAGUCCUUCAGUAAUCUCAAACAAUACCGGCGGUCGGAUCCACGCGUUCGAGUUUUCUGAACUCGGUGGGCUGUGUCGGACGCUGCGACAAGUGUGCCUUGGUCUCGUGGAGCUGGCGUACCCAGAAACGAGACCCGUUAUCGGAGGACUUUACAAAGACGCGGUGGGAAAUAAUCAGAUUGAGCUGUCCGGGAAGAAACAAACGCCGGCUUGGUCACAUUUGUUUAAGGUGUGCACGCACCUCCUACGCGCGUUAUACGUGCGCGACUCGCGUCUGCGCUUCUUCGGCGCGGACGAGUGGCCGGCGGCCGGCGCCGUGCCCGAGGCCGCGGCCGCCGUGCUCGUCAUCGCCGGCACCGACCACCGGCCCAACCCGCGCCAGCUGCGCCGCCCGCCCAGNAAAUGA